UUUACAAAACACCACCGCCACAGGAUGCCGAGAUAGCGAUCCGGAAAUUUAGAGGAAUAGUGCUCUCUUUUUAGUGUUUUUUUCCCGAGAGGGGGACAUGUUGUUAACCUUGCGAUGAUGAAUUGGACACCGGCGAGAGACAGGGACAAAUAUGGCGUUGCCAUUUACAAUUUCUCUGGGAUCAACGUUGCAUGUAUUAAGCUCAAUGUCGGUGAAACAGUGCAUAUCUUGGAAGAAUUGGGAGAGUGGUACUUUGGCUAUGCAUUACAUAAUAAGUCCUUGAGAGGGGUGUUUCCUAAAUCUUAUAUUCAGGUUAAAGACUGUAUUGUCGACAAGACAGGGUUAGUUGAAGUAGUAACACCGAGGCUUCCACCUAUUGUUCAAGAGGUCACAGCUGUACUGAGAGAAUGGGGAGUUCUACUGAGAAAGCUUUAUGUGGAGCAAGACAAAAACUUCAGUUUGCUCCGAGACACCAUGAAAGAAAUCAUAGCUCACCGCAGCAAGAUUCUUUCUGGACAACUCCCUGGGGAUGAGCUGAAGCAGCUUAAGCAUCGCAUAACCCAUGGAAUUGAUCGUGUCAAUGAGCGUCUAGGCCUUGACUUGGUAGUUCGCGAUGAUCACGGAAACAUUUUGAAUCCGGACAUCACCUCUGCUGUCAAGCUCUUCCGGCAUCAUGAUGAAGCUGCCGCACGACUGCGGAAGCUAGAAGAAUCGGAUGGACGAAUACCAACGGUCCGCAAAAAGCCCCAUUUAUCAUGGACAGCUCUUCUGUCCUUUACAAACAUCAUUAUUAAGGUUCCAGAGUCCUCAGAAAUCUCCCUGGGUCUGUAUGUGGGAGACGCAAAGGAAGGAAAGGAGAAACCUUUGACGGAGGAAUUCAUCAUCCCUUGGGCAGAAGAGGGUUAUAAUGGCCAUCCAGACCUCCUCCUAAACCUUAAAUGUCUCUUUACAGAUCUGAGUACAAUUACAUUAGAUGAGAGUCAGUUGUGGUUGAUUGGGUAUGUCGUACGUCAGGGUUCCAUGGCAACUAAGGAGGUGGAUCCCAAGAGGACAUCCGCUUUGCUAACAAAGAGGGUAACAUCAACAGAUUGCAUGAGAAGGCCCUUUGGUAUUGUGAUGCUGGAAAUGACGUCCUAUUUCCAAAAAAUGAAACUGCUUGCCCUUGAUGGGAAUGAUGCCAAGGAAAAGGACUGCUGUGCUACGUUUUAUCCAUGUGGUGACAAGGAGACACUAGAUAUGAAGAAAUUGCUGUCAUCUCGAAAUGAAUCCAUCAAGGACAAUAAGACAAACUCACAGGGUAUAUGGUUUUCCUUUGAGCUGAUUAAUGGAGAUUUAAAACAGCUACGUGAGGACAACCCACAUUACGUGUCCCUGCGUGAUGUUCCCGUGGCUCUUCGCUUAGGCCUGUCCGACAUCAUCAUGCCCGGCGACGUUCGCAACGACUUGUACGUCACUCUGAUAUCGGGAGAGUUUUCGAGAGGAGCCAAGACAAGCGAUCGCAAUGUAGAAGUUACAAUUCGAAUAGUUAAUGAAAAAGGCAGAGUUAUACCUGUAAGUGGAACGGAAGUUUUAGGCGUUUGUUGCUUCCCUGUGGGGGUUGUUGGGGGGGCGCAGAUAGCAUUGUCAGUGUAACCCAUACGGAACACUGUAGACCUUACU